CUCAUAAAUGCCGACUCAAAUCACAUACACGAAGACUACACUGAAGUAAAUAGAUCUCUCAGUCGAUGAUCGAUCCUUGAGCCGCCCAAAUCCAAUCACUGGUUUUGUGGACCAAUCGGAUUUUCAAGGGAAAUCUCCCCGUCGGGCGUCGAUUGCAGUCGAAUCAACUGGGUUCUGGGGUCCUUCGACUCACUUCUAAAUAAUGGAUAUAACUGCAAUGGAUCGUGGACAACUUACUCUUCUAGGAGCUGCAUCUUGUGUGAUGGCUACAACGUAUUUUACAAUACAGCUAAUGUCACAGCAUCUCUUUUACUGGAAGAACCCAAAGGAGCAAAAAGCCAUAAUCAUCAUCAUCCUUAUGGCUCCAUUGUAUGCCAUUGACUCGUUCGUCGGUUUGGUGAAUGUCCAAGCAAGCACGGCAUUUUUCACAUACUUGGAAUCAAUAAAGGAAUGCUAUGAAGCUCUGGUGAUUGCAAAGUUCUUAUCACUGAUGUAUAGUUACUUGAACAUAUCCAUUAGCAAGAACAUAGUGCCAGAUGAAAUUAAAGGACGGGAAAUUCACCAUUCCUUCCCAAUGACACUUUUCCAGCCUCAUACUGUUCGUCUGGACCACCACAACUUGAAGCUUCUAAAAUCUUGGACAUGGCAGUUUGUUAUCAUCCGCCCAGUAUGCUCUAUCUUGAUGGUAGCACUGCAGAUUCUUGGAAUAUACCCCAGUUGGGUUAGCUGGACAUUCACCAUCAUUCUCAAUGUUUCAGUUACAUUGGCGUUGUAUGCCUUGGUGAUAUUUUACCAUGUCUUUGCAAAAGAGUUGGCACCACACAAGCCACUUGCGAAGUUUAUGUGUAUCAAAGGGAUUGUUUUCUUCUGCUUUUGGCAGGGAAUAGUCCUUGAAAUUCUUGCUGCAAUGGGCUUCCUCAAGGCUGAUCAUUUCUGGAUUGAUGUAGAGCAUGUAGAAGAAGCUCUUCAGAAUGUCUUGGUUUGUAUGGAAAUGGUCGUCUUCGCUUUUGUCCAGCAGUAUGCAUAUGAUGUUACUCCUUACACUGGAGAUGUUCAUAAAAUGACAUCAAAGAAAAAUGAGUGAGACAAGCCCGAAAAUAUCUCAAUCAGGGGGAAGAUGCUAUGACUGCACUUGCUUGUGCAUUUUUCAUGGCCUUUCGUACCCCCAAGCUGUAGCAAGAGAAUCCUUUGGAUAUGUUUCCUCUUUUCUUUAAUGUCUAUAAGACACGAGUAUGGUGAUGAAACUGCUAUUUUGGUUCUGCUGCUGUUUGUACUACUGGUUUUGUUUGUAUCAUGGCGUCUCUUGUUUUCAUCUGAUCGUGAUGUAUUCCCCCAUCGGUUGUACCAUACUUUCUGCUCCAAUAACCUUCUGGCAUUUCUUAUGAGCAGUUAUUUGUGACUGUUGGAAGAAUCAAGGAGCUUGCUUGUCUUCCAUGCUUUAGGGUCACAAUUUUGAACAGAUUUUCUGAUUUGCUUGUUGAAAUGAGGGGAGCAUGGGAACUUUGACUUGAUCAUUUUUAAUCACUGCUCAAGUUUGUUCA